AGAAAUUUUUAAGGCUGCUUUGCAAACCAUUAUAGAUGGAGAAACUAUAUCAACUGCAGCAAAACAAUUUAAUAUUCCACGUACAACGUUGAUUGAUAAAUUACGGGGAAAACAUCAAACACAUUCUAUAGGUGGUAAAACAAUUUUCUUUAAAAAUCAAGAAGAAACUCUUGUUCAAAGGCUGCUUUAUAUGGCUGAUAGAGGGUUUCCUCUCACAAUAAUGUGGUUAAGAUCUGCUGCUUAUUUCUAUGCCAAAAGCUUGUGUAGACGUCAUUUAUUACAGAAGUCCAUUCCAAAAAGUUGGCAUAAUAAAUGUUUGGCAUCACGUGAUUGGUUUCUCUCAUUCCGAAAAAAGGCAUACUCAGUUGACACUAAGAAUUCCUGAAGGGCUUUCUCGAGCAAGAGCAGAAGCAUUUAAUGAGAAUCGCGUUCAGACAUUUUUUAACGAUUUACAACCUUUUUAUGAACAGCUUGACAUAAAAAAUUAUCCAAAUUUGAUUUAUAACUGUGAUGAAACUGGCCUUUCAUCUGUGCCAAAUGUCUCUGUUAAGGUAAUAGCAUUAAAGGAUUCUCAUGAGGUACAAAAGUUAACUAUUGGUGAACGUGGCACACUAACAACAUACCUAGCCACUGUUAAUGCAGCAGGAGACAGCUUACCACCAUUUUUCAUAUUUAAGGGAACAAAGAUUCCAGAUGCAUCUAAAUUUCCUUUGGGUACAAAAGUGCAUUGUAGUCAAAGUGGAUAUAUUGAUCAAGAGAUUUUUAUUGCUUAUUUACAUCAUUUUAAUGAGUUUUGUACAAAAGUGAAUGGGAAAAAAGUAUUGUUAUUUUUGGAUGGCCACAAAAGUCAUGUGACUAUUGAAGCAAUUGAAUUAGCAAUAAAGAUGGAUAUUGAAAUAAUAUGCAUUCCACCUCAUAGUACACAUCACCUUCAACCACUUGACACACAUGUUAAUAAAGUAGUUAAACAUAUGUGGUCUGAAGCCUUGUCUAAUUACUUAGCUGAAAAUGAUGAUAUUUCUUUGCCUCGUUGCAACUUUCACAUUAUUUUUAACAAAAUAUGGCCAAAUAUACUUACAAAAAGAGGAUUGAUUGUUAAUGCGUUUUACCAUUGUGGUUUGCAUCCCCUAAGAAACCCAGUAAAAGAUUUCGAAUAUAAAAAAGCAGAGGUUUUUAAUAAAGCAACAAUUCACCAGGGAGACCAAAAUUUAUCUAUUUUAAGGACUAUUAUACCUUCUCCUGAAAAAAAAAGGAAACCUACUCAUUCAAAACGCCACAUUGCUCUUAUUACAUCACCAGGUAAUGUUAAGUUAAUAAAAGAGCCUCCUGCUAAAAAGGCUGCAAUAAAAAAUGUGGUCAGUGUUAAACAGAAGUCAAAAAAGGAUCACGAUAAAUCAGUUCAAACCAAAUCAAAAAAGACUUUUUUUUCAGCUGAUUCUGAUCACCCAAGUUCUUCAAGUUUUAUUCUAAAAAAUAACACUGAUAAAAACUUUUGUUGUGUUUGUGCAGCUGUUUGGGCAGAAGCAAGUGAAGAUUGGCUUAAAUGUUUAAAUUGCAAUCAGUGGGCAUGCGAAGGAUGUUUUGGAGUUGAUACAUGUGCAAAUUGUGUGCAAUGAACAUAUAAACGUCUUGUAAAUUUUUAAAUAGUCAUAGUAGUGAUAUGAUUUUUUGUUGCUUUAACGUGCUAUUUUUUGCGCUAGCGCGGUUAUACGGUUUUCAUUUAUGCCAAAAUCAUUAUUUGAUAUUUUCUUGGAAAAAGUUUAACAAUUGAUGUCCUUUUAGAUGUCCUUUUUGAUGUCCUUUUACCCUAGGCCACUGCAGUCGAGGAGGCUACUUUAGUUGUGUUUACAACCCUCUCUCAACUCUAUAACUCCGAAACACGAAC